GCGGAGUAGAACCCUGCCCGCCCCUCCCGAUCUGUUCCGGGUCGCGGAGGCGGUGGCAGCCCCGGGAGCACCGGAGAGAUGCGGUUCCGCUUCUGCGGGGACCUGGACUGCCCCGACUGGGUCCUGGCCGAGAUCAGCACCCUGGCCAAAAUCUCCUCUGUGAAGCUGAAGCUGAUCUGCGCCCAGGUGCUGCGGGACCUGCUGGGGGACCCCAUGGAGUAUGAGAAGAUCCUGAAGCUGACUUCAGAUGCCAAGUUAGAGUCGGGGGAUGUGAAGGCAACCAUCGCUGUCCUUGGCUUCAUCCUCUCCAGUGCCGCCAAGCACAACGUGGACAGCGAGUCCCUGUCGAGCGAGCUGCAGCAGCUGGGGCUGCCCAAAGAGCACGCCAGCGGGCUGUGCCGGUCCUAUGAGGAGAAGCAGAGCUCCCUCCAGGACAGGCUCAGGGCUUGCAGCCUGAGACUGAGCCGGCUGGGUUCCGUGUGCUGGCGCGUGGACUUCACCCUCAGCUCCAGUGAGCUGCGGGAGGUCAACGAGCCCCUCAUCCACCUGAACUUCAACCUGCGGGAUGGGGAGCAUGGAGAGACGGCGGCUGUGCCCAUGGUCCUCUCGGCUGAGAAGUUCCGGGUGCUGCUGGCAGAGCUGAAGCAGGCCCAGGCCUUGAUGAACACCCUCCUCUGAGGAGCCGCGAGAAGGGCUGGUGGCCACAGGCACCAGAUUGUGAGGCAAGACCCUGGCCCUGGGGAUGGGGCAGCCGCGGCAGAUCUCCCUGCCCUGCCUCCCGCGGCAGCAGGCGAGGCCGCCGGGCCCCGCUGGGCCGCCCGCGGUGGGGCUGCCCCGGGGGAAGCGCC